GGGCGCGGCGCCGCGCGCGCGUGGGCGCGGCACGGGCCGCCCGUCACCAUGAGGACUCUCCGCAGGUUGAAGUUCAUGAGUUCGCCCAGCCUCAGUGACCUGGGCAAGAGAGAGCCGGCCGCCGCCGCGGACGAGCGGGGCACGCAGCAGCGCCGGGCCUGCGCCAACGCGACCUGGAACAGCAUCCACAACGGGGUGAUCGCCGUCUUCCAGCGCAAGGGGCUGCCCGACCAGGAGCUUUUCACCCUCAACGAAGGCGUCCGGCAACUGCUGAAGACGGAGCUGGGGUCCUUCUUCACGGAGUACCUGCAGAACCAGCUGCUGACGAAAGGCAUGGUGAUCCUGCGGGACAAGAUCCGCUUCUACGAGGGACAGAAGCUGCUGGACUCGCUGGCGGAGACGUGGGACUUCUUCUUCAGCGAUGUGCUGCCCACCCUGCAGGCCAUCUUCUACCCGGUGCAGGGCAAGGAGCCCUCGGUGCGCCAGCUGGCCCUGCUGCACUUCCGGAACGCCAUCACCCUCAGCGUGAAGCUGGAGGACGCGCUGGCCCGCAGCCACGCCCGCGUGCCCCCCGCUAUCGUACAGAUGCUGCUGGUGCUGCAGGGGGUGCAUGAGUCCCGGGGCGUGACCAAGGACUACCUGCGCCUGGAGACGCUGAUCCAGAAGGUGGUGUCGCCCUACCUGGGAACCUACGGCCUCUACUCCAGCGAGGGCCCCUUCACGCACUCCUGCAUCCUGGAGAAGCACUUCCUGCGCCGCUCCCGCUCGGGGGACGUCCUGGCUAAGAACCCAGUGGUGCGCUCCAAGAGCUACAACACGCCGCUGCUGAACCCCGUGGCGGAGCAUGAGGCCGAGGGCGCGGCGGCCGGCGGCCAGGGCAUCCGCCGGCACUCAGUGUCCGAGAUGACGUCCUGCCCUGAGCCCCAGGGCUUUGCUGACACGCCCGGCCAGGGCCCCACCGGGGCCUUCAGACCCUCCCCGGCGCCCCCGUCAGGGCCCUGCCCCAGCAGACUGUACCCGCCCGCCCAGCCCCCUGAGCCCGGCCCGGGCCCGGCCCGCGGCUCCCCGCCCUCCUCCAGCCCCGAGAACCUGGUGGACCAGAUCCUGGAGUCCGUGGACUCGGACUCCGAAGGGAUCUUCAUUGACUUUGGCCGGGCCGGUGGCUCGGGCGCCUCUGAGUUUGAGGGGGCCGGGGGGCGGCAGAGCAUCGUGUGAGGGCGCGUGUUUUUACUGACCCCGUGUGUGUGCCCAUGUGGUGUGUGCGUGCACGAGUUUUUUACUGUGUCCCGUCCAGUUCCUGUCAGCCAUGGCCGCCUGGGC